CUCGAAUAUCUACCAACAGUAUUCCGUUCAAAAAUAAUUGAAGUAGCUAAUAUAGGUGUCAUCUGAAAACACGUGUAUACCUAUCUCUUCCAUAUUUACAUCACCAUAAAGCCCUUUCCCUAGUUUCUUACUAGUGUAGUCAUAUUCAUGCAUGUGAAAUUUCGAAAACGCAAUGUAUGAGGAGGCGAAAAAGUGUGAGGUGUGCCAGAAGCAAGCCAGUCACAAGUGCGGAGGAUGUCACAAUGUUUAUUAUUGCUGCAAGGAACAUCAGAGAAGUGGGUGGAAGAGUCAUAAGAAUCAAUGCCGACCUUACAAGGUCUGCACGGAUGACAUCCUAGGAAGACACCUAGUCGCCACCAAAGACAUCAAACCGGGAGACUUGGUUCUGCAAGAGCCUCCCCUCAUUUGGGGCCCAGCUCAAGUGACAAUUCCGGUAUGCUUGGGAUGCGGAAUGGCAGUUGAUGAAAACAGCAGGCCUUGCUCAAAAUGCGGAUGGCCGAUGUGCAGCGAGAUUUGCGAAAAAGCUCCGGCUCAUAUUCCUGAAUGUAGAUAUACUGUGAUGAGAGGGGAUAAGGUAUCGAUAAGGAACUUUGGAAUGAUACACCCAUCUUAUCAAUCGAUCACCGUCUUGAGGAUGCUGUACCAGAAGCAGUUCUUGCCAGAAGUAUGGAAGAAGAUCGACUUGCUGGAAUCCCACUGCGAAAAACUGAAAAAUACACAAAAAUAUCAGCAAGAGCGGAUCAUGAUCUCGCAGUUCAUACAGAGGUUCUUCAAACUGAAAAAUGUGUUCACUGAAGAAGAAAUUAUGAAAGCUUGUGGAAUAGUCAUGGUCAACUCCCACGAAGUGCCCCUAACGAAUCCCCCCCACAUCUCUAUAUACGAACGCGCCUCGAUGCUGGAGCACAACUGCAGCGCCAACUGCUCGAAAAGCUUCACCGACGCAGGCGGCCUCAUGGUCAGGGCCGGCUCCAGGAUCCAAAAAGGGGAGCAUCUGAGUAUUUGCUACACGGACCCCUUGUGGGGCACUCCCAGUAGGAGACACCAUCUGCAGGAGUCGAAGCUGUUUUGGUGCGCGUGCGCGAGGUGCGUGGAUCCCACUGAGUUCCAGACUUAUUUCAGUGCGCUGAGAUGUCAAGACAGCUCCUGCGAAGGUAAUCUUCUUCCGAAAAGUUUCAUCGACAACACCACAAACGAAAAGGGUCCGGACUGGUUCUGCGACCGAUGUCCCAGCGUCCUUUCUUCCUAUUCCGUCCAGGACAUCCUCGAGAGGAUAGGCAAAGACCUGGCUGAUAUGCCCAAAGGGUCGGUCAGGGAGUGCAGGAGCUUCGUACGGACAUACAGCGAGCUGUUGCACAAGAACCACUAUUACUUGACCGAUGUGAAGAUAGCCUUGUCGGAGCUGAUUGGCCAGGAAGAUGACUGCAUUGCAGAGGUUUGUGAUGAGGAUGUAGAACUCAAGGCGAGGGUGUGCCGGGAGUUGAUUGAUUUGAUGGAGAGACUGAUACCUGGUGAGAAAAGAGUGAAAGGACUCAUACUGUUCGAACUGCAUGCCGCAAUAAUGGAAAUUGGCAAAAGAAAAGGCGAUCCAGAAUCAUUCUAUGCUGCUCUGAUGUCUUCCAGAGAAAUUCUUUCUGAAGCCAUUGAAAUCCUGAAGUACGAACCAGAUGGGCUUCCCGAAGGCAGAAUCUACAAGCAGGCUGUGACUAACCUACACGACCUUGAAGCCAUACUACGUACUGUCCAUAAAACCAUGGGGGACAACCCACUUUGAAAAAAAUAGUUAUUUAUACACCAAGGUAGUGAAGAAUAUCAUUAUAACCCAAGGACCAAGAUUAUAUCCCAAUGCUUCAGCCGAGGGGUAUAAUGUAUAGUUGUAAUAAUAUUCACUACCAAGGUGAAUAUUACUUAUUUUCACCACUAGCAAUAUAUUCCAAUCAUCAUAGUUCUGUGAAACUGAAAUGUGGACCUGUGCCACUAUGAAAGUACUUCUUUUCAAUUCUGAUUACAAUUUGGUCACCAUGACAGCAUAUGACAAGUCGAUAUUCUCAUCGUUAUUGAUGAAUACCUACUAGAUUCGAGUGCCAUUCAUGUGAAUAUCGCAUAUGAGAACAGUGAAUUCGGG